GGUCAGAGGGUAAAGGCUAUUCACCCAGGAUUCUCGAUUGUGGAAUACUGAAUACACAGCCAUCUUGGAUCUAGCUACGAGGAGAAGGGAAAUUAAUGCGGUGACAAACGGCAUGUUCAGUGCUACGAGAAAGAAGUUUGUAGAAGGGGUGGAAAGCGACUACCCUGAUGAGAACAUGUACUACAGCCAGCCGUCCAUGUACCCACAUCGGUCGGACAAAGACGUAAGUGCUCUGUCUGCUCGAUCGCACAUCCCUGCUACAGCUCCCUUUGAACUUGAAUCUUUCCCUCUCUCUUUAUGUGGUUUAUCUCUCGUUCUCCUCCAGAUGCUCUCGUCUCCCUCACCGUCGUCAUCAGGUCAACUGUCCCAGCUUGGGGCCAGUUUAUAUGGCCCACAGAGUGCACUAGGCUUCUCAAUAAGGGGCAUGGGCAACAACACGCCUCAGUUAAACCGCAGCUUAACGCAAGGCACUCCGCUACCGAGCCAUAUCACCCCCACCACUGGGGUACCCACCAUGUCCCUCCAUACCCCACCCUCGCCAAGCAGGGGGAUCCUGCCGAUGAACUCGAGGAACCUGCUGAAUCACUCCCAGGUGGGCCAGGGCAUCGGGAUGGGCAGUGGCAGGACCAACAGCAUGGGCAGCCCCAACCGCAGCCCCCCCAGCAUCAUCUGUAUGCCCAAACAGCAGCCUGCACGGCAGCCCUUCACCAUCAACAGCAUGUCGGGAUUUGGGAUGAACCGGAACCAGGCGUUUGGGAUGAACAACUCGUUAUCAAGCAACAUCUUCAAUGGCACAGUCUUUAACCUACCCCUCACAGACGGCAGUGAAAACGUGACGGGGCUAGACCUGUCUGACUUCCCUGCGUUAGCAGACAGGAGUCGGAGGGAAGGAAGCGGAAACCCAACGCCGCUACUUAACCCACUAGCUGGAAGGGCCCCCUAUGAAGCCUCUUCUCUUCAUCUCAUGACCUCAUCAGUUGGCAUGGUGACGAAGCCAUCGAACGAGCCGACGCAGGAUUUCUCCAUCCACAACGAGGACUUCCCUGCACUGCCUGGUCCCAACUACAAGGACCCCACGUUGAGCAACGACGACAGCAAAACUAACCUAAACUCUACAGGCAAGAGCACGUCCAGUGGAGACGGGCCUAAGUUCCCCGGAGACAAGACGAGCUCAGCACAGAACAACAGCCAGAAGAAAGGGAUCCAGGUGUUACCUGACGGGCGGGUGACGAACAUUCCCGGGGGAAUGGUGACGGACCAGUUUGGGAUGAUUGGCUUGCUGACGUUUAUCCGAGCAGCGGAGACGGAUCCGGGCAUGGUGCAUUUGGCACUGGGGAGUGACCUCACAACGCUGGGACUCAACCUCAACUCUCCAGAAAACCUGUACCCCAAGUUUGCUUCCCCCUGGGCAUCGGCACCGUGUCGACCUCAAGACAUUGACUUCCACGUCCCGUCUGAGUACUUAACCAACAUCCACAUAAGGGACAAGCUGGCAGCUAUUAAACUGGCGCGGUACGGUGAAGACCUGCUGUUCUAUCUGUACUACAUGAACGGAGGAGACCUGCUACAGCUCCUGGCAGCGGUAGAGCUGUUUAACCGGGACUGGCGGUACCACAAGGAGGAGCGGGUGUGGAUCACGCGGGCGCCGGGCAUGGAGCCCACACUAAAGACCAACACCUACGAGAGGGGGACCUACUACUUCUUUGAUUGUCUUAACUGGAGGAAGGUAGCCAAGGUAAAGGAGUUCCACCUGGAGUACGAAAAGCUAGAAGAGAGGCCCCACGUCCCGUCUACCUUCAACUACAACCCAGCUCAGCAGGCAUUCUGAGGCCCAGCCCAGUACAGUCCCAGGGGGACCGCUGUCUCUGCAUGCCUUCCUCCCUGCCUGAGGAGGAGGGUGCGCUGCAGCCCAGGCAUCCAUCCUGGUUUUUAUUCCUUGAGGAUCUGGCUAAAAUGACUUCAGAGGAGGCGCUCACCACCGCGUAAGGGUGGGGAAAACUGAGCCCUGCCUUUCCCAAAUGAUGUGCUGCCCAAACACCUCCACUUGUUCUGUUUUUAUUCCUUUAGUUUCCUAAUUUUGGUUUUGUUUUUGAGCAGGGUCUGUGUUUUGUUUACGUCUCUGAAUCAGAAGCCUGUUUGGUCCAAGGUAGGAAAACUGACGAUACCGACACACUUUACAGUGACAGAACAAGAGUUAUGCCUCAUUUCCCCCCCCCAAAGUGUUAAGAACCGAGAAAGGUGGGGAAGGCUAAGCCAACAAGUACCAUCCCACACAUGAGAACGAAAGGGCGGAAGAAAUGCAAUGUUCAUUGUUGCACUAUUUAGUAAUAAAAGAACACAAAGAUUG